GAGGGGACUUGAUAUGAAGUUCAUUUGAAAUCCCAGCUGUGUGUUUUUGUUGCCUCACUCCCGCCGUGGGGAGAAAUGGUCAUCUGGUGUCAUAGUUAUGGAAAUGUAUUGACUGUUGGAGGCUUAGCGGGACAGGAGGUCAGGUCGCCACGCUCGGGCUCAUAAAUCUCCACGAUACCUCUGUUAUGAUGCCCACAGGACAGCCAGUCACCGCCCUCGCUGCCUGAAAGAGAAACACCGGAAUAAUUCUCCAGAGACGGAGGACUUGAUCGGUUUUCAUGGUUUUAUGUCAUAAGCUCGGGCUAAUGGCAAAGUCUGUGUGCGCACAAACAAAGGUGACAUUGUGGAGUUGAUCUGGGAUCAGGUGCCGCACUGAGGCUUGGCUGAUUUCAAAAGUUCAGCUCUAUAUAAAGCACGAUGGCGGAGAGAGAGCUUCCCCUAGACACACACACACACACCUCCUUUAGUGUCGCCAUUGUUGUUGCUGCGAGUCCCAGCAAGCUUCUCAUUCACACUGCACUGUAACAGAGUAGCAUCGCAAGCUAGCACGGUGCCACUUUGACCUCCACCACGGUCCAGACAUGGCGACACACCAGUGUGAGAUGCUCGUGGACCUGUGAUAGAAACAAACUCAAAAGUUGCUCAGAUCAAAACUACAGGACUUUUGUGAUCAUACCAGCAGUUGACGGAGGGAACGGCCUGAUUGUUGGUGAUGUACAAGAUGUCUGAAGAAUCCUCGCACACCCGCAGCGUCUGAAUCAUGGGAAAUGUGGAGAGCCAGAUCGGCGACCAUGCCCACUUCGGUAACCAACAUGGCCACCUGUCACGUAAGCACAUGUCGCGGUCUCUUCGCAUCUCCAACAAGCAGUCCCGGCACCCCAGACAUUCCCCGUCAGGAAAAAUAGAGCACCGGAACUCUGAGACGAGCACGCGCUCCAGCAGCACCCCCAGCAUCCCGCAGUCGCUCGCCGACCAUGGACUCGAACCCUUCAACGAGACCAACAUCCUUCCAGACUUCGGCAGCCCUAUUUGGGUGGACCGCGUGGCCAUGAACCUGCGGCCCAUGUCCUUCCACACAGACCUGGCCAGCCCAUCCGCCCACAUGACCGCCAUGCACAUCACCCUACCCGGUCCCACGGCAGAGGAGGGGCAUGACGAAGUGGACAUUUACACCGAUGAGGUGACGUAUCUCCAGAAAACUCGUGAUAACUCAGCAGAGCCUGGAAGCUUUAAGAAGAAGAGGUCCAAGUCGGCGGACAUGUGGAGAGACGACAGCCUGGAGUUCUCCAUGUCCGACCUGAGUCAGGAGCACCUGACCAGCACGGAGGAGAUCAUCGACCCGGCGAACGACUUGCAGUGCAGCCCGACCGACUCCACCGACCGCGCCAACUCUCUGGACGAGCUGUAUAGUCAGAAGGGUCACGCCCGGAGGCGCUACGCCAAGUGGCACGAUGCGAAUCGGAUAAUCCGAGAAGGAGAGGACGAUAAAAUGCUGUCCCCCUCAGAGGAGGACACGACUUCAUAUGGGGCGUACACCCUUCCGUGCCGACGUUCCCACUGCCUUUCGGAAGGCCUCGGCAACCACCAGGGUCCGAUGUGUGCCAGCAUGCAGGGCAGGCGGGCUCAGACCAUCCAGGACGUCACGGCCGAGGGCAGCGAAUAUGAGGACAGCGGCAUCGAUGGAGUCACAGCAGACUUGGACCACCAGUCCCGGCGAUACAAGACCAUGUCCGCCUCCUUCUCCAUGUGCUCCACGACGGGCCGCGGCCUGUUCGCCGGGAGCGACAGUGGCAGCAGCACCGGAGGGGGCGCCGCCGCCACCGCCGCCGUACAGGGCGUGUAUGAGAACUUCCGCCAGGAGCUGGAGAUGAGCUCGUGUCAGACGGAGAGUUUGGAGGAGGCGGGGUCGGCCGUGAGCGACGAGCAGAGCACCAUGAGCUCCGCCUACCAGUCGGACCAGCUGCUCAGCGUCGCCCAGGGGAUGGUCCGCAAGGCCGGGAGGCUUGCAGUCAAGAACUUCCUCGUGCACAAGAAGAGCAAGAAGGUGGAGUCGGCCACCAGACGCAAGUGGAAGAGCUACUGGGUGUCACUGAAAGGUUGCACCUUGUACUUCUAUGAGACCGACGAGCGGUCGGGGAUCGACAACAACAGCGUUCCAAAACACGCCAUCUGGGUGGAGAACAGCAUCGUGCAGGCCGUGCCGGAACACCCCAAGAAGGACUUUGUCUUCUGUCUCAGCAACUCCCUCGGUGACGCCUUCUUGUUCCAGACCUGCAGCCAGACGGAGCUGGAGAACUGGAUCACGGCCAUCCACUCGGCGUGUGCCACCGCCGUGGCCCGCCAGCACCACAGGGAGGACACGGUGCGGCUCCUCCGGGCCGAGAUCAAGAAGCUGGAGCAGAAGAUCGACAUGGACGAGAAGAUGAAGAAAAUGGGCGACAUGCAGCUGAAGAGCGUCAGUGACACCAAGAAGAGGAAGACCAUCCUGGACCAGAUCUUCUUGUGGGAGCAGAACCUGGAGCAGUUUCACAUGGACCUGUUCCGCUUCAGGUGCUACCUGGCCAGUCUGCAGGGUGGAGAGCUGCCCAACCCCAAACGCCUGCUGGCCUUCGCCUCGCGCCCCACCAAGCUGGCCAUGGGCCGCCUGGGUAUCUUCUCCGUCUCGUCCUUCCACGCCCUGGUGGCCGCCCGCACAGAGACCGGUGUGAGGCGGCGGACGCAGGCCAUGUCCCGCUCCUGCAGCAAGCGGAAGAGCCGGUUCUCCUCCCUCUGGGGUCUGGACACCACCUCCAAGAAGAAGACCAAAGCCCACCCCAGCAUCAACCAGGUCUUCGCAGACGGAGAUGAACUGGUGAAGAACUCGGAUGACAGCGUCUACCUGGAGGCUGCCAAGGAGAACUUGAGCGGGGAGCAGGGUCCGGUGAAAAGUCUUCCACGAGCCAGCACCGAGAGCGACAUGUGGGUCCCGGACCACCUGACUCCGUCCUGGGUGUGCCUGCCCAACGACCAGCCGGUCCUGACCAUCAUCCAGCCGGGGGAGUCCGCUCUGUGUGUCCUGGAAACCAUCUGCAAGGCUCACCAGCUCGACCCCACCAAACACUAUCUCCGUCUCAAGUUCCUGAUCGAGAACCAAGUGCAAUUCUACAUCCCCAAGCCAGAGGAGGACGUGUGCGACCUGCUCUACAAAGAAAUCGAACUCUGCUCCAAAAUCACUAAAGUCAUCCAGUUUGACCGCGACGAGUCGUGCAUGAUCGGCUACGGUUUCUCCAUCUCUGUGGUGGAGGAGGACGGCGUGCAGCAGCUCUACAUCACCGAUGUGAGGGCGGGCGGAUUAGCCUUCGCCAAAGGUCUGAACGCAGGAGACGAGAUCCUGCAGCUCAACGGUAAAGACUCCUGCAGUCUCAACUUCUCAGACAUGAAAGCCGCGUUCUCGCAGUCGUCGCUGGCUCUGACCGUCAACACGCUUCCGUCGGUGGAGCGCCGGCAGCUCUGCUACCUGCCACCGCGCCGCUCUGGCGCCGCCGACGACCUCUACACGGACAUCUUCUCCCAGAGUCAAGAGGAGAUCCUGGACGACGGCGUGGGCCUGUUGCUGGAGAGCUCUGGAGACAGUCUGGACGACGACUCGGAGUUCGAGUGCCGAAAGAGCACCGAGCAGGUCGCCGCCUUCUGCCGCAGUCUCCAUGACAUGAAUCCCUCGGAGUGUGUCUCCUCGUCUCCGAGCCCGGACUCCCCCUACCCGCCUCCCGCCGCCCUCCGCCAGCUCUCCGACGCCGACAAGCUGCGCAAAGUCAUCUGUGAGCUGGUGGAGACGGAGCGCACCUACGUCAAAGACCUGAACUGUCUGAUCGGGAGAUAUCUGACCCCCCUGCAGAAGGAGACCUUCCUCACUCAGGAUGAGCUGGACGUUCUCUUUGGGAACUUGCCAGAAAUGGUGGACUUCCAGGUGGAGUUCCUCAAGACCCUUGAGGAUGGGACCAGACUGGUGCCAGACCUGGAGAAGCUGGAGCGAGUGGACCAGUUUAAGAAAAUCCUCUUCUCUCUGGGUGGCUCCUUCCUCUACUACGCCGACCGCUUCAAGAUCUACAGUGCGUUCUGCGCCAGCCACACUAAAGUCCCGAAGGUCCUUGUGAAAGCCAAAACAGAUGCCGAUUUCAAAGCCUUCCUGGACGAACGCAAUCCCAAGCAGCAGCACUCGUCCACGCUGGAGUCCUACCUGAUUAAGCCCAUCCAGCGAGUGCUGAAGUAUCCCCUGCUGCUGAGGGAGCUCUACUCUCUGACCGACCCGGAGAGCGAGGAGCACUACCACCUGGACGUGGCCAUGAAGGCGAUGAACAAAGUGGCCAGCCAUAUCAACGAGAUGCAGAAGAUCCACGAGGAGUUUGGGGUGGUGUUCGACCUUCUCAUCACGGAGCAGAGCGGAGAGAAGAAGGAGGUGGCCGACCUGUCCAUGGGCGACCUGCUCCUCCACACCAGCGUGACUUGGCUAAAUCCUCCGGCUUCCCUGGGAAAAUGGAAGAAGGAGCCUCAGAUUGCAGCGUUCGUGUUUAAAACAGCCGUGGUGUUUGUUUGCAAAGAUGGCGCCAAACUGAAAAAGAAAGUCGGCUCCCAUCGGAUGUCCAUCUCCUCCGAGGACAAAGAUCCGUUCCGAUACCGACACAUGAUCCCGACCAGCGCGCUUCAAGUCCGAUCUCUGGCCAACGCUGACGGCGAGAGCUCGGCCGUGUGCGAGAUUGUCCACACCAAGUCCGAGUCGGAAGGUCGACCCGAGAGGCCGUUUCAGCUGUGCUGUAGCACGGCGGAGAGCAGGAAGGACUUCCUGAAGACGGUCCACUCCAUCCUGAGGGAGAAGCACCGACGGCAGCUCCUGAAGACCGAGAGUCUCCCCCUGAGCCAGCAGUACGUGCCCUUCGGAGGAAAGAGACUCUGCGCCCUCAAGGGGGCUCGUCCCACUAUCAACAGAGCCGCCUCUGCUCCGACACGGACUCUCGGCCGGCGGAAGCUGGUACGCAACCGAUUCACCAUUGACACAGACAUCGUCUUUGACGGAGAGCCGGACUCGGUCUCCCCUCCGGAGGUAGACCCCGACCACAAGCGACCAGAUCAGAGGCAGUCGUCUGAGGUCUCGGGCGACACAGAUCGCUGGGUGGAAGAGCAGUUCGACCUGGAGGAGUACGAGGACCGGGAGGAGGUGAAGGAGACGGACAUCCUGAGCGACGAGGACGACGAGACGCCCAGGACGCCCGGCGAGCUGGAGCGUCCCAUCAUGGCGUUGUCCCUGGAAGGGGAGGAGACAGAGGAGAGCUUGAAGUCUCCCGCUUCCUGCGAGACGACGGAGGACUUGACGCAGUCUUUCGAGGACGACGCUGAGAAUCAAAGCGAGGUCUGGGUGCGCCGCGAGUCCUCAGGUUGCUCCCCUGACUGCAGCACGUAGAACAGCCUUCAUCCAUCGACGACGCAUGAGCGUAUAGCGUGCAGCCCAAGAUGCUGUCCUUCCAUACGUUUGCUGAAGCUCAUGUCCAGAGAGGAACUUGGCCCCCAACACUGUUGCGAUGAACUAUCGGUACAAUCAUGGAACCAUUUGCUUUGAUGGGUUUGCACAUUCGGGCAGCGCUCCGAAACCUGCCUUUGCCAAAUUAGGGAAUCGUGAGGACGUUGUGUUUUGUGACUCAGAGAUCGUGUCUUAGUUAAGGGCUCUGUAUUAUUAUUCUUAUUUGUCCUUAGAAACUGUACAGUUCAGGUGGAUAUACACUGUCGGAGGAACCUUCUUUCGUGUUUGUUUUACAGCCAUUUUGUUGUUGACGGCUUUUAGGGACUUAAGUUAACAUGAUCCUGUUUUACUUGAAUUUUGUUGUUUGAUGCUUUUUAUGUACUGUGAAACCGCUUUCCUCUUCAGCGAUCCACCGUUUCUGCUGCACAUUUGUUUUGUAUAGAAGUUUAGCUCUAUUUUUUUUAAUCCUCGCGGAAAUAUUGAACACGAAUAUGUUUAAUUUAACUGUUUGCCUGUGAUUCUACUGAAGUCCGCUGCAUUCAUGUGUGAAAACAAAAACAAAAUCCGUUUCUCUCAUGUCGUUGAAAAUAUAUGGACAAAUGCUGCUGUUUUUUUUUUUUUUUUUUAUGGAUUACAAAAUUAACUUCAUGUAAAAAGUGUCUCAAUGAUUUAA